CAAUAUGCAUGGCUGGAAUGUAUCUGAACGUGACAGAGGAGAAGUGUUUCAAGUGCCCUUACAACUUUUACCAGAAUGAAACCUUGCAGGAGUCUUGUCAUCCUUGUCCAAAAGACUACCAGACGCAGACAGAUGGCGCUGUCAGUAUAGAUAACUGCACAUGUGAUUGUGGACCUGGGACUUACUUUGAUAACACAACAGUAGAGUGUGUACCAUGUGAGAAGGGCUACUACCAGAAUCAGUCCCUGCAGAAAGAGUGCCUGAUGUGCCCGGUCAACACUUCCACAAGAAAUACAGGAACCACCACUGAGGAUGACUGCACAAAAUACUGCAAACCUGGACAGUUUGUUGGAGACAAUAGUUGUGAACCUUGUGCCAAGGGAAGCUACUCUACAUUCCCUAUCAGUAAAACCUGCAUAGCCUGCCCUGAGGGACAGAGUACAAAAGAGACUGGGGCAGAUAGUGUAAAUCUGUGUGAUG